ACAUCCGUGUCGGCAACGCAACGGUCCCCAAUUAACCAAGCCAGCCACAACACUUGUCCCCGGACCUUUCCCUCCCGAUAAACAAAUCAGCCAAAUACCAAAAAAAGAAACAUGAAAAUACGAAGCAUUCAAAGCCUCAAAGUAGAAGCUUUCCCAGCAUCUUCUUAGCCACCUUUCUCUCCCCAUCAUCCUUUCUCAUAUUCCCAUAUUACAUACCACUUCUCUUUUUAUCAGACUUUUUUACAUUUCUCUCACUGAUUUUUCUUUCUACAUACAAAACGCUUUUGGGUUCUCUCUCCCGGCCCCGUCCUUUCUGUGCUCUUAUUGACCACCGGCCACCGCGCCACGACACAAAAUGGCGCGUCGUUUUUUCGCCUGCUUCGGCAGAGGAGGUACCUCGAAGACGUCGUCCGGGGAGCGGAGCAACGUGACGGCAGACGUGGCGGCGGAGGAGGAUCGGCGCGGAGGGGCGGUGCUGGUGGAGCUGUUCUCGUCGCAGGGUUGCGCCACGUCGCCCGAGGCGGAGCUGUUGGUGUCGAGGCUGGGGAGGGGGGACUUCGACGGGCAGGAGCUGCCGCCGGUGGUGGUGCUGGCCUUUCAUGUGGACUACUGGGACUACAUGGGCUGGAAGGACCCAUUUGGGUGCAGCCAGUGGACCGUCAGGCAAAAGGCCUACGUGGAGGCCCUCAAGCUCGACACGAUGUUCACCCCGCAGGUCGUGGUGCAGGGUAGAGCCCAAUGUGUUGGGAAUGAUGAGAAGGCUCUCUUGGCGGCGAUUAAGGACGCACCGAGGUUCCCUGCUCCGACGUUCCAGGCAAGCUUCCAAAGGCCUGCGCCAGACUCCUUGCAAGUCUCCCUAGCAGGAAGUCUAAGGUCAAAGGUGGAUAAUCAUGGCGCCAAUGUCAUGGUGGCGUUGUAUGAAAGCGGGAUGGUGACUGAUUGUCCCAAGGGGGAUAACAGAGGGCGGGUUCUGUCCAAUGACUUCGUCGUUCGAAAACUUGAAAAGCUCUGCACUUUGAAAGACAUCUCUGCCCGGAAGGCGGUGAAGGGGACUGUUAAUUUCUCCCUGUGGGAAGGAUUCAAUGGCAGCAAGUGUUGGGUCGCCGUCUUCGUUCAAAAUAGCUCUCAUCAAAUUUUGGGGUCGCAGAAUUUUCAGUUGCCGGAUGACAUAUGAGAGACACAAUUAAUAAACCAUAUACUCCAGGAACGAUUAGGCCAUUAUAUAUGUACAGGAUAUGCUCUGUUUUAGGGUGUUUGAUUUCUUGUUUUGUUUUCCUUUUCUUUUGGUAUUUGUGUUUUUGUUUCUUAUAUUUACUGGCUGGAUUUUGUAUUUAGCAGACGGAUCGAGAGAGAGAGUUGCAUCACUAUCUAGUCCUUCAUUUCAGAUUUCGAACUGAAAUUCUUUGUAUUUUGUUCUGUGGGGGAGAGAUGUGAGUGAGAAACUUUUAUCCAUAUGUUUGUAUUUCUUGGCUUUUCAAUUGCUUUGUAUUCCAUGUCUAUUGUAUGCAA